GCCUACCAAGCUAGGAAAAUGCUGCUUAAACCGAGUCCUACGAACUGAGUCUUUCUGAGAGAGUGAAUUUAACAUGGGAGACAAACGGAAGCACACCGCUCUUCUCGUUAUAGACAUGCAGAAAGAUUUUAUAGAUGGGGAUGGUCCUGUGCUAGUGAAAGGAGGCAAAGCCAUAGUUCCAAAUGUAAUAGAGGCGGUUCAAAUCGCCAGGCAGCGUGGCAUCCUCGUAGUUUGGGUUGUGCGUGAACAUGAUCCACUAGGAAGAGAUGUUGAGCUAUUUCGCCGGCAUUUGUAUCCUGCUGGGAAAGAGGGUCCAACGGUUAAGGGAAAGAAAGGUGCUGAACUUGUUGAUGGGCUUGUGAUUGAAGAAAGGGACUAUAAACUAGUCAAGACCCGGUUUAGUGCAUUCUUUGCCACACACCUUGAUUCGUUUCUUAAGAGUAAUGGAGUCGACAGUUUGGUUGUCAUUGGUGUUCAGACUCCAAACUGCAUUAGGCAGACUGUGUUCGAUGGUGUAGCUUUGGAUUACAAAUCUAUUACAGUUAUUGUUGAUGCCACAGCUGCUGCUACAGCUGAAGUACACGCUGCCAAUAUAUUUGACAUGAAGAAUGUCGGAGUUGCAACACCAACCUUACAAGAAUGGUUUGAAUUGGGCGCCUGAUCCUCAAUCUGUUAACCGUUACAAAUCCCUGAUGUUCGCAAUAAUAUGUCCUGUAUAUUUUUAGACCAAUUAAAAACUUCCUUCCUUUAGUUUGAUUGUGAACUAUGCAUAACAUUUGAGCAAAACCAGUUCACACUUUAGCUCAACAGUGGCUUUGAUGUUAGGUAAAACAACAUAAGGAAAUACACAAGUCUGCUGGCUAUGCAAGCAAUGUAUCGACAUACUUAUAUUUAGUUUGCACAACUUGUACAUAUUCAUUCUCAUGUUGCUGAUGUCUAACAUAUGAUCACUUUUAGCUAUGAUAGCUCCAUGGCAAUAUACAUUCUUCUAGAG